AUGGACUCAGUAAAAGGAAAAGUUUACGCCGUAACGGGCCUCGCGGGGAUCGGCCUCGCCGUCGCAAAACAACUCUACCACUCCGGCGCGCGCCUCUCCCUCGCCGACAUCGACGAAACGGCCCUCGCCGCCGCGUUUGCGCAACUCGAUUCCGACGCUGAGAAUGUGCUCACGACCAAGGUAGACGUGGGCUCUUCGGUGUCCGUGGACGCGUGGAUUGAAGCUACGGUCCAGCGCUUCGGGCGGUUGGAUGGCGCGGCCAAUAUGGCGGGGAUGAUUGGGAAGAAGCAUGGCACGGGUCGACUGACGGAGCAGGACGAUGACGAGUGGGAUCGGCUGCUGAGGGUGAAUUUGACGGGGACGAUGUAUUGCGUGCGGGCGCAGGUGCGCAGUAUCUCGGCGACGUCGGGGAAGGGCAGUAUCGUCAAUGCGACGAGUAUUCAGGGUCUGAGAGGGUUUGGAUUGCAUGUGGCGUAUUCGGCGUCGAAGCAUGGGGUUAUUGGCUUGACGAAGAGUGUGGCGAAGGAGGUUGGGCCCGACAUUAGGGUUAAUGCGGUUGCACCAGGAUCGAUCCAGACUCCUUUGCUGGACAAGUCGAUUGUCAUUCAAGGCGGGUAUACACAGCCCUCAACUAUCAUUCCUCGCCCCGGGACGGCGGACGAAGUUGCUCAGUCGGUGUUGUUCCUGCUCAGUGACGCUGCCUCGUUUACAACUGGUACGGUCCUUCAGGUGGAUGGUGGUUGGGAUCCAUAA